UCUUCUUUUCUUACACUUCCUCAUCGAACUCGCAAACCGGAAUAAAAAUGGCUGGAGGUAUCGCAAAAUGCAGCAAGAUCCGACACAUUGUGAAGCUGAGACAGAUGCUCCGGCAAUGGAGGAACAAGGCGCGAAUGUCGUCUGCCAGACGCUGCGUACCGUCGGAUGUGCCGUCAGGAUACGUGGCGGUCUACGUUGGAAGCAGUCGCAGGAGAUUUGUGGUGCGUGCAACACAUCUUAACCACCCGGUCCUCAAGAAUCUCUUGGUCAAAGCCGAAGAGGAGUUCGGUUUUGCUAACCACGGUCCGUUGGUUAUCCCAUGCGAAGAAUCGGUUUUCGAGGAAUCGAUUCGGUUAAUAAACCGGUCAUGUCGGUUCAACUGUACCGAUGACUUAAAGAAAAACCGCCACGGUGGAAGUAGGAGCAAGCUGGAUCUUUUGAUCGAAUCUCGGCCGUUGCUGCACGGUGUCUCGGAUAAGGCUAACAUCUGGUGAACGGGUAAUGUGAUUCGGGUCCAUGGUGACGGACACGCAGGAGAUGGCCGUGAAAGGUGGAUGAGUCGUCGUUCCACCUGUGUCGUCCCGGGUUCGAAUCCGAGUUUAAGAGAAAAUUGCGGUCUAGUUUUGGUAUUGGCUUGUAAAACUGAUUAAGCAAUUUCGAUUUCAUUUAUUUAUUCAUUUGUGAUUUAAUUGUGGCAUUGGCUGUAUACAGCAGUUUCCAUC